GAUGAAUAUGGUCCUCCUUCUUCUCAGCACUGCCUCUGCAUAUGAUGCAAGCCAACUACAGCACCAAUGAUUGAGAACAAAGACAAAACCAUCACCACAAGAAUGACCUUCAUCACAGGGCUGCCAAUAUUAAUACUUUUCUUCAGUGUAAACAUUCAUUGUCAAGAUAACUAUGAUAAUCCAUUUGCUCCACCUCCACGACAACGACGUAUUCGUACACCUGUAGAGUCUGAUCUAUAUAGAUUCUUUCCCAGAGAGUGUGCUCAAGAAUGCCGUUGCACACCAUCAUUUCCUUUGGCUAUGUACUGUGACAAUCGAAAACUCAAAUAUGUGCCCAAUAUCCCAGCACAUGUGCGGUAUCUGUAUCUUCAGAUCAAUGAAAUUGAAAGUGUGCCAGAAAAUGCCUUCAUCAAUGCAACAUUGCUUCAAGAAAUUAAUCUUAGUCACAAUAAAUUAAAAUCUUCUAAGAUACCCAAAGGUGCAUUUGGAAAGCUCCAAAAUCUGAUUGGCCUUAACUUGGAUUACAACAAGCUUGAAGAAGUUCCAGUUCCACUACCUAAAACUCUUCAAAGACUUACUUUGGGUUUCAACCAGAUUAGUAAACUGCCUGCUGACAAUUUUCGUACACUAACUAACGUAACAAUUCUGGAUCUGAGCAAUAACAAACUUCCUGAUGGCGCUGUUAAGGGAAAUUACCUCGGAAAAAUGAAGAGUCUCUUACAGUUAAACCUGCACAGCAACAAGCUUAAAUCCAUGCCAGCAGAUCUUCCAUCUUCUCUGCUGCAACUUUCAGUUGAAAAUAACUCUAUAUCAUCUAUUCCAGAAAAUUACUUCAGAAAAACUCCAAACCUCAUCUCAUUAAGGAUGACAUACAAUAAGCUGAAACAAGUACCAUACGGUGUGUUCAAUCUCUCGAAUUUAUUGGAACUGAAUCUAGGACACAACCAACUGUCUGAAACCUUCUACGUUUCAAGGCAACUAGAGCACCUGUACCUCAACAAUAACCACUUUACAACACUUAAUAUUACCAUGAUGUGCCCUACAACUGAUAUCGCAAACCCGAACCAUCUGACAUAUAUACGGCUUGAGAAAAAUAUGCUGAGACGCCCUUUCAAUACAUAUAUCUAUGUUUGCUUCCCUCGUCUCCGAAAUUUAGAUUUUGGUGAACAGAAUCCCACACCAAUUGUUGAAACCCAAGGAGCCCCUGGACUGUUUGGAAUACCAAUGUCACCACCUGAUGGAGAACCAGAAAGUCUCAUCAAUUACUAGUAAUUAUCUAUGUAACAAACUAAUAAUAGCAUCAGAAGUAUAAAAUAAUUGUGCAUCUCAUCUAUCCAUUGCAUAAUUGGUCCAAACCACAAAAGUAAACAAAUGUUGUACUAUUCUUGCCUCCACUGUCAAUUUCUUAAACAAAAUCUUCCUUCAAAAAGAUGCCAAAUUCUGAGUUUGGAAGUCAAAAAUCAGUUUUAUUUUUAAUUUCAACUUAUUUUUUAAAGCAAGUACUUGGAAAAUGCAUUUGCACAGGGACAAAAGGGAAACAACUGGUUUUAUCAGUUUGAAUUGAAUGAAUUAGCUUUAUUAUCACUUGAGACAAUAACAGAAAAAGACACCCUUUUAAAGCCAGUUGUUGCACUACAUUGCAAGAUUAAUCGCAAAACAAGUGUGGUUACACUUUUGAACGUAACCAUUAAAUAGAUUGUCCCACAAUACAAGGAACCCCUUAGAUGGGGCAUUUCAUUAUCGACAGCCAUAAAGAUGGACACAUUAGCCAACUGCAUAUCUUAUACCUUAUUAUAAUUUGAUAAGUGUUGAUAACAUCUAGAUUACAAAAAUGCUAUUGAUAUACACUUAAGUUUGAGAAAAGACUGACUUCAGGCUGAAGUAAACACAGGAAUCCUCUUGCACACAAAGGAGAGGAGGGUGGCAUCAUAGCAUAAUAUGGAGAAUAUCCAAUUGCAGAGAAUGAAUGUUUAACACCAUACUUGCAGGUCACUAGUAAAAACACAAGCUCAACAUUUGCUUGUUAAAAGUCUGGUUUCAGCCUCCGUUUAUUUAAACGUAUGUUCUGCGUUCCAUAUGCCACAUUUGUCCUUCAGUCUAGCCAUUGUCAAGCCUCUAUUCACUUUAUGCAUGCAAACAUUCCAAGUAUCAUAUACCUCCAAGACUGUACAGUAAAGACUGAGCUGCAAUCAAUAUAUAGGUAAUAAUGUUAUAUAAUACACAUGCUUAAAAAGAAAAUCAUAUUAUUUUAAAGUAAUAUUUUGUUGUGGAAGAGACUGAGCAAAUAUCAAAAACAAAACGUUAAGUUCUUACAGAAAUAUUUUAUGAAACAAAGGAACUUACAUGUGUUUAGAUUCAUUCUUCCUACACUGCACGUUUCUAUCCAACAUUUUCAUAAAUUUUCAGAAAAAUCAUUCCUCAAACUGGCAUACUUAAAAGUUAUGAUUGAGAACUCAAAAGAAAGAUUCCACUAAACAAUCUAAAUCAUCAGUAACUUACUUAUGCUGCUCAGAUUUUUGUUCACAAUAACUUUGUGUUACUUUUUAUUAAAUUUACUUUUGGAAAUGCUGUAUUUAAGUAGCAGAACGUUAAGGCCAUGCUGAAGUUAUUAUUUUGUUUCAAAAAGUAAAAUUGUAUCAUUUACAUAUUCCUGUUUUCAUGUACAAAUGUUUGUUUAACUUUUCUAAUGUUACCUACCACAUAUUAUCAACUGGGUAGCAGUUUCUUGUCUUCUCAGAGAUGGAAAAGUCAAUCUUACCUUACUUAAAGCAUUCUUAUUUUGCUAAAUAAAAUAUCAUUUAUGGCA